UGCGUGCAUCGUGCGUGCGUGCAUGUGUGUGUGCUACUUGUUUGCACAACAAAAUACUCUGCGCUCACGCAUUGGUUUCGCUUCGCUAGCGGGAAUAAGUAGCCGGAAAACGCGCUCAAAAACAUCGUGCGUCGCCAUCAGCUCCCGGCUGUGAGUUAUGUCAGUCACUGAUGUCAACAUGAUUCCCUGACGUUUCGGCAAUCGAGGUGAAUUCGUAUGUACUACCUGGAAUCGAUUCGUGAUUUUCACUGAUUUUUCAAGACGCAUUCACUGUGUGACAACAUCGCCAGCGAGUGCCAUGAAAGUGUUGGCAUUGGUUAGCGGCGGUAAGGACAGCUGCUUCAACAUGAUGAAAUGUGUUGAAAACGGCCACGAAAUCGUCGCCCUAGCCCACUUGAAGCCGAAAGACGCAGAUGAGCUUGACAGCUACAUGUACCAGUCUGUAGGCCAUGAAAUCAUCGACCACUACGCUGAAGCGAUGGGGCUGCCAUUGUUCCAGGGGCAUAUUGUUGGCAAGCCGUACAACCAAGCGAGCGACUAUGAGGUGACGGAAGGUGACGAAGUUGAAGAUCUUUUCAAGUUGAUGACCAGGGCCAAGGAGUCAGUUGACUACGAAGCGGUGUCUGUUGGGGCCAUUUUCUCGGACUACCAGCGUGUACGUGUUCUUAAUGUAUGCAAGCGACUGGGCGUCACAAUGCUGGCCUAUCUCUGGCACCGUGACCAAUCCCAGCUUCUGAGGGAGAUGGUGGACUGCGGUGUCCGUGCCAUCAUCAUAAAAGUUGCUGCCCUGGGUCUGGAGCCUCACAAGCACUUAGGGAAGACAUUGACGGAAAUCUAUGACCACAUGAUUUCCAUGGAAAAGAAGUAUGGCCUUAACGUCUGUGGCGAAGGUGGAGAAUACGAGACGGCCACUUUGGAUUGCCCGCUGUUUCGCAGACGGAUUGUCGUAGAUGAAAGUGAAGUUGUUAUUCACUCUGACGACGCCUUUGCGCCCGUGGGCUAUCUGAAGAUAAAACGUAUGCACCUUGAAGAUAAGCCAAAUUGUGAACAUGGACUAAAAACAUCGUCAGAAGUGUCAUUAUAUUAUUGAUUAAAUGGACCACUUACUGAUAACAGUUGUUUCUG